AUGGCGCGACUAGACGAGACCCUCGACACUAUACUUGCACGACGGAAAAAUGCGGAUAGACUGCGACAGCUGACUACCACAUCGCCAGCAAUGGUCGACUUCUCCUCCAACGACUAUCUAUCCCUUGCAACAAAUACUGAACUUCAAAGAGAAAUAGUAUCUCGCCUCGAGGGCCGAAUUCUUGCCGCUGAGCGGGGUGAGGCAGCAAGGGGCAUAUUGGGCUCUGGGGGUUCUCGGCUUCUGGACGGCAAUUCAAGCUUUGCUGAGCAACUGGAGCAGAAGAUGGCAGAUUUCCAUGGAGCUCGAAGUGGGCUCCUCUUCAACUCAGCGUACGAUGCGAACGUUGGUUUACUGAGCUGCGUCCCACAGCCUGGAGAUAUUAUUCUCUACGACGAAUCUAUCCAUGCAAGUGUCCAUGAAGGGAUGCGCUUGAGCCGUGCGGCCACGAAGCUUCCAUUCACGCAUGAUUCUGUUACGGAUGGGGAGAUUGACGCUUCUCGUUCUGGGAGUAUGCCAGGACUUGAGGAACUUCUGAGACAAGUCACGAAUGGCGAUGAGGGGAAAGCAGCACGCGAGGGUAACAGGAACGUAUUUAUAUGCGUGGAAGGCAUAUACAGCAUGGAUGGUACCGUGGCUCAUCUGGAAAACGUAACCAGACUUACAGAUCAGUGCCUCCCCCGCCGAAAUGGGUACAUCAUCGUCGACGAGGCACACUCUGUAGGUGUGCUAGGAAAACAAGGCCGUGGCCUAGUCUGUGAGCUUGGUCUCGAGAGCAAAAUUUGGGCUAGAGUCCAUGGCUUUGGUAAAGCGAUGGGCUGCGCGGGAGGUAAGCGUUAUUACACUAAUGACUCUGUUUUCGCUAUUCGUAAGAUGACAUUUUAA